AGGGAGAGAGAGUCUCACUCUUGCUCAGUAGAAGAGGGAAGGAGGGUUUAUGUGUGAGCUCAUGUGGAUGAGAAAUCCUGUGGGAAACGGUCAAAUGACGAGCUAAAAUGGAGAAAAGAGGAAAGGGACGCGAGCUGCUUGUGUUGUGGAUACAGUCGCAGUGAUUUGGGGGUUUUCAAUGGCAGAGAAGAAGUGAGUCAGGGUUGACCAGAGGCCAGCGAAGGAUCACUGUUUGCCCUCAGGAGACUUGAAAAGGAGGAAUGUUGGAGCACAGCUGCAAAGGCAUGAUGGAGAUUUCACUCCAAGGGUGAGAUUCGCAGGUCAACCGCUCUCACCUCGCGCCGAAAACUCAAGAUCAACGAUUGAGGUGAAGGAGUGAAUAAGACAAAACAAUGCUGUGUGGUCUCCGGAGAGACGCCAAGAGCUGCAUCGAUGAUGGGCCGUACUCAAAAGGAAGUAAGCAGUCCGGGGUUGACCAAACACAUUCCUCACAGCGACACAGCCUUUCAGAGGAGCACAGAGGAGUGACCACUGUGGACCUGAUGAAAAGAGAAGGCAGCAGCCUCGGACUCACCAUUUCUGGAGGGUCUGACAAGGAUGGCAAGCCGCGAGUGUCAAACCUAAGGCCAGGUGGACUGGCUGUCAGGAGCGAUCAGUUGAACGUUGGAGACCACAUCAAGUCAGUGAACGGCAUCAACCUGUCUAAGCUCCGACACGAUGAGAUCAUCAGUUUACUGAAGAACAUCGGCGAGCGGGUAGUGCUGGAGGUGGAGUACGAGCUGCCACCACUGGUCCAGACGCCCGCAGGCAUCACAACCAAGACCACUGAUGUGUGUUUGCUCAAAGAGGGAAAUAGUUUCGGGUUUGUCAUCAGAGGUGGUUUCCAUGAGGACUGGCGGAGAUCGCGCCCCCUUGUGGUGGCUCAUGUUAGGCCCGGAGGCCCCGCUGACAGAGAGGGCACGUUGAAGGCUGGCGACAGACUAUUGAGCAUAGACGGGAUGCCUCUAAACAGAGAGAAGCACGCCGAUGCUCUGACCAUGCUGAUGCAGAGCGGCCAAGAGGCUGUGUUCCUGAUUGAGUAUGACGUCUCUGUCAUGGAUGCAGUGCAGAAAGCCUCUGGGCCUCUGAUGGUGGAGAUAGUGAAAGGUCCUGCAGCUUGUUUGGGAAUCAGCCUCACCACAACAAUAUACAGGAACAAACAAGUUAUAAUCAUUGACAAGAUCAAGGCGGCAAGUGUGGUGGAAAGGUGCGGAGCCCUGCACGUCGGUGACAUCCUUCUCUCAAUAGAUGGGACCAACACCGACCACUGCUCGCUGAUGGAGGCUCUGCAGCUACUGGGCAGCUCAUCUGAGGUUGUCAAACUGGAGAUUCUCCCGGCCAGUCAGAGCAGACUUCCUGUCAGGCCACAGGACACUGUGAAAGUGCAGAAGAGCAGCCAUCAUCACUGGGACCAGAGCAGCAACUUCUGCCAUCCCCCACAUGCCAGCCAUGCCAAGACAUGGAGUAGCCCAAGCCACCCACACAACCAGCAGGACCCCUGCAAAUCUCUGGUGAGUGGUGGCUUCUCCCCUUCCUCCACAGCCACCUCGGGCUUCAGCAGUGGGGGGAGCAGCACCCUGCCGUGCCCUGUGGCUCCCACUGCACCCACCAGCCCUCGAACAUCGACAGGGAAGAGGAGGAACAGGAAGAAGGACCACAAGAGCUCAUUAUCCCUGACGUCCAGCUCUGUGGGCCCAGGAGGCCAGGUCUUCCACGUGGAGACCAGCGAGAUCGUCCUGAGGGGGGACCCGCUCACUGGUUUCGGGAUCCAACUGCAGGGGGGAGUGUUUGCCACGGAAACCCUGUCGGCCCCUCCGGUCAUCCGCUUCAUUGAGCCCGACAGUCCGGCCGAAAGGUGUGGACUACUGCAAGUUGGGGACCGAGUCUUGUCCAUCAAUGGGAUCCCAACUGAAGAUGGCACAUUGGAGGAGGCCCAUCAGCUGCUCCGGGACUGUGCCCUCUCCAAUAAGGUUACGGUGGAGAUCGAGUUUGACAUCGCAGAAUCUGUGGUGCCCAGCAGUGGAACCUUCCAUGUCAAACUGCCUGUUAGAAGAGGAGUGGAGCUCGGCAUCACCAUCAGUGCAAGCAAGAAACCUGGCAAACCUCUGAUCAUCUCUGAAAUCCAAAAAGGCAGUAUAGCACACAGAACUGGUACUCUGGAGCCGGGAGACCGACUCCUUGCCAUCGACAGUGUGCGACUUGAGAACUGCACCAUGGAGGACGCCAUGCACGUCCUGCAGCAGGCCGAGGACAUGGUCAAACUCCGAAUCCAAAAGGACGAGGACAACAUUGGUAGCACUGUGACACAAAACAAAUGUCUCGGAAGAGAACUAAAUUCUGCUGUUUACAAUGUAGACGAGCUGGAGAUGUCGGGUUCGAUCAUCUACACGGUUGAGCUGAAGCGUUACAAUGGACCUCUAGGAAUCACAAUUUCUGGGACAGAGGAGCCCUUUGACCCCAUCGUCAUCUCAGGCCUCACCAAGAAAGGUCUUGCGGAGAGGACUGGAGCCAUUCACAUCGGGGACCGUGUCCUGGCCAUUAAUGGGGUCAGUCUGAAAGGAAAACCGCUGAGCGAAGCCAUUCACCUCCUGCAGAUGGCCGGGGAGUCCGUCACCUUGAAGAUAAAGAAGCAAACGGACAAGUCUGAUCGCCGACGUCCUCCCGACAGAGAAGCAGGAUUUCUAAGCGACCCAGAGGACGAGCUGACAGACUACCAGAAGACCUUCAAACAUUCAGAUAUCUACACCGCCACUGUGCCCAGUAUAGACUCUGCACUCAGCUCCUGGGAUGGAUCAGGGUGUGAUGCUGGCUACACAACUCAAGGCACGUUUCCGUAUAAAUCCCCUGAUAUAUUUCUAAACCCAAGCGAGUGGAGACGAACGAAGCACAGGAGUCAGACUAGCUCAAGCUCUGGCGGUCUCGCCCAUCACUCCGCACUGUACAGUGGUGGAUUCCCGGAUGAUGAGUGGGACAAAAUGCCUGGAUUCAUCAGCCCGCCUCGUUGCCGGGAUACUUUAAAGCAGGACGACAGCUUCUGGUCCCAGGCUUUGCAGGACCUGGAGACCUGCGGCCAGUCUGAGAUUCUCAGGGAGCUGGAGGCGUCAAUGACGAGUAGCGCUCUUAGUCUGUAUCUAGAGGAGACCAAGGCCAGUGACGACUCCAUGUUUCCAUCUGAAAUAAGCCCCAUAAAAAGAGAAGAGGCAAACAUCAGAGCCAACAUCAGAAGUAGCCUGAACUCAUCAGCGGGGAGCAGAGAUGCUCCCUCACGGCCGUCUGAUGCUCUGUCACCAACAAACCUGGCUCUGCACAAGGUGACCGUCAUUAAAGACCUUGACACUCGUGACUUCGGCUUCAGUGUGUCUGAUGGCCUUCUGGAGAAGGGUGUCUUUGUCAACAUGAUCCGGCCCGAUGGCCCGGCUGACUGUGCUGGGCUGAAGUCUUUUGACAGGAUUCUUCAGGUGAACCGGAUAAGGACGAGGGAUUUGGACUGCAGUCUGACUGUCCCCCUGAUCAGGGACGCUGGAGACACGCUGGAUUUGGUCAUUAGCAGGAAUCCUCUGGAAACCUCGGUGACCCAGCUGGCUGACAACUGUGGCGACCCUUCAAAAUCACUCUUCUGCUUCUCACAGCACAGGACCAACAGCAUCGCCUUGUGACCACAGCCCCCCCCUUCUGCUCCCUAGGAUUAGUCAACUACCUCCGCGUUGAGGACCACACACACACACACACACACGUGUCAUGCACCAUUUAGUUUGUCACAUUGUACCUCAGAGACCUUCACACUGAUGUCCAGCACGUUGGGCAUCCAUCACAUGCACAAUUAGACUUUCAAGCUGAGGAAAAAUCCAAGCCAAAGCAUCUAGUGCGUUCACAUUUUCAAAGCGCUCGCCGCCGCUGCCUCUGCUGGUUUUAGACACAGUGGUAACAUGAUGUACGGCAGAACAACCCACCUCCCCUCCUGCUCCACAUCAACUGGGUUAUAUAAGAGGGGAGUUGGAGCUUCUAAUGGAGACGUCAACACAUGCACAACUCCACUCAACGGGGGAGUUAAAUAUGGCACUCGCACCCAAGCAGCAUGUUCUCCCUCAACGUUGCUUCAAUGAGCACAAUGUUCACAUAGUUUUGUUUCCUUUGUUUACCUCACACAGGAACUAUUUCUUGGUGCACCACCAACUGCCCCAAAAGUUUUUGCACCGCUUACUAUCCACAAUGUCUUUGCACUUCCUGUUUCUUUUUCAAAUAAAAAGAAACACAUCUAACCUAAAACACAAAACACUGCUUUGACUCUCCUUCACUGAUACACAAGUGUCCCACUGUGACCCCCGAGUCUGUGUUUUAUGGUGUUGUACAGUGCUGGUCAAGUCUGUCUGAAGCUGAGGUCUCCAAAUUUAAGAACCAUUUUCUCUCAAAAGUAUAUGUUUUUCUUCCCCCUAUCAAGCAUGCAUGAAGCGUAACAAGGGUGCACACUUCAAAGGUGUGCAUUAUCAAGACGCUUUAUGGAUACAUAUUUAUUAUUAAGGGUAUAUUUAAUUUUACUGUCAACGCUGUGAUUGUUUUUAAUGACGGCACAUCCUAGCAAUUUUGGGGUUUUGAAAUUGUGUCAGUAACUAAAGUCAAGUGUACUUUUAUUAUUGUUUAUCAUGGAAAUUGUUUCUUUUUAUAG